CAACCGACUAUUAAAAUUUUGGCUCAUUGCAGAGAAAUAGUGACCAGUGAAGGUACCCGCUGGGCCCUCAAACUAGGGGCUGUCCAUCUUAUAUUCCAUCCAAAUGCUGUGUCUGAGCCUACGUCAAUAGUGGUCUACAGAUGGAAAUCCAGUGUCUGCUCACCCCCGCUGCAGGAACACGAGGCCAUUGUCAGCAAUGUUAUUGAACUAUCUUCCCACGAUGGCCAACGCCUGCAAUUCAAUACCAUGGUGACUUUGUCGCUUUCUCACAGCGCACCGGAACUACGGGGCUACGAAGUGGUGAUAAAACGGCAGAUCAACAAGGAGACCAAUGAAUGGGAAGACGUGAGUGGAACCAAGGACUUAUGCUGUCGCCAAGGUGAUGUAGUAGACUUAUGGCAACUAUAGAGAACCGUUUGGCAGACUCUGCUUCCCUAAGCGGUAACGGUGUACGUCAUCCGUAUUGCUGAAGGGUUUGUCUUGUUUUGUUUUUUUGAGAUAGUGUUCAUAUCAAGUGUUGCAGUUGCGAUUGCGCUCUCGAUCUGAAUCUUGUUUCCAGUCUUGAUUUCUAUAACGUCAGUCUUUUUUAGAUGGCAAAGGAAGUAAAAAAAAGAGCAUAAUUAUUAUGAUACUUACAUUUUACUUGUAUUUUUUGUCGGUAGCAGAUAUCGAAGAUGAGCGCCCUUCUCACAAGGAUAUACCAGACCUUUUCUUCCCCGUUGCUCAAGCUGACAUAAAUGAGUGCUCAACAUAUGCAGUGGUUUGCCGUCUCAAAUCUUCUCCGCCUUACACCAUCACAUCUACUGGCGGCUUAUUCAUUCAUCCUGAUUAUCCAGGCGUGACGGUUACAAUCCCCAAGAAUGCUGUUGCACCCGAGUCACUGUUUACCCUGGAGUUAAAGGUUGGUGUGAUCCAAAAGGUCAAAAGGUCCAUUUAUAAAGAAAGUAUUAUUAAAGUGAUACGGUUUUUUAAAAAAAUGACGAUCUAAUAAUGACUAGUCUAGAGGGCUUGACUGAAAAAUCGUUUACUGAAUAUUUGUAGAGGUCUUUUUGUUACUUAAAUUACGUUAACGUUUUAUUUAACUUGUGGGGAAUCCACGUCAAUUUUAAAGCCUAAAGAAUACAUGGAAUUAACUGCUGAUGAUUACUCUUUUAAAUGAUACAGGUGCAAGAAGUUCCAAAUGAAGAAUUUGAAGAGGAAGGUGUAUUUCUUGGACCUAUUCUGCGAAUUAAAUGCUCUGAGGUUGUCCACUUCUUUAGGCCUGUAACCAUUCAGCUGCCAGUUUCUCUUCGAGACCGGCAAGACUUUAAACCAGAUCCCACUAAAUGCCAUGUGAGAGUGUUGUUCCUGAAUUGCGAGGAGGAAGAAAAGGAAUGGACUGAACUGACUGAUCUGGUAGAACCGACACAGUUUGAUUCAAAGUUUGUUAGGAUCCAAGUCCAACGAUUUUCUCGGUAAGGAAGCUUAGAAAAAUCAUUAGUAUCUUUUGUAUUUACCCGAGAGAUGGACAGUUGAACCCUUUUUAAUCCAAAAUGUUGAUUAAACUUCAUUCAACGUUACUGAAAACAACAUUUUCGGAGCCGUUUGAACAACAUGUUGAACGGUAGUGUUGUUGCUCAACAUAGUCAGACAUUCCUUUUGUUCAGGUGUGUGAUGGCCUCAAUGUUGAAUGGGCGAACGCUCAAUUAAACUUUGUUUGCAUCAGUAAUGGUCUGGAGGGGAGGGGUGGGGAGGGGUGCUGAUCCCUCGUUCGCUCUCCUUUUCCACGAAAAUCUGGCAUCCCGCGCUUUUUUCAUCGCUUUCCCGAAUCCCGUUUUUUGUUUUUGCUAUUAACUUAAGAUAUGGCGAACAGUAAAAUGAUCCCAGCUCUUGAAUCAACAUGUAGAUUUGCCCUUUCGAUUGAUAUUUUGAAUUAUACCUUAGUAUGACGAAGCGGAGGGAAAACAGGAGCGGAAGGAACCAAGUAACCUGGGACCAAGCUCCGCAUUGGGGGAAAAAGAAAAAAAUCGGCGAGCGAAGCGAGCGGAGAGGCCGUUCUAGGGAAGGGAAAGGGUGGCGUUUUUUCUCCUUCCCCAGGCCACCGCUCGGCUCCCUUCGCUCGCCGAUAUUUUUCCUAUUUGACCCCGUUUUUUACCUUCUUCCCCCACUGCUAGAAACGAAGAGGGAGAGGGGAGGGUUUCUUCCCUCUCUCUUUCCCAGCCGUGACUCCCUUCCUUCUUUUUCCUGCUCACUUUUCUUUGGGCCUUUGAACGACUGGAGUCGUUGUCUGUGACCGCAAGAAUAGAGGACUGACCAAACUAUGACUGUCUGAUUCAAGAGCUGGGAUCAUUUUACUGUUCGCCAUAUCUUAAGUUAAAUGUAUUUCGGUCAAAUCGCGGAUCCCGAAUACACCCUUCCAGACCAUGAUUAUUGUUUAGUAAGCAAUACCUGUUCUUUCUUUCUUUCUACUCAAGCCCCUAUUCAACGAAGUUAGAUGACCACUUCAUUGCAUCCCUCAGGUUCUUGAAAUGCGUCCAAGUAAUUAACAAAAAUGCCGGUACUUCUUUCAAAGCAUCCCUGGGUCAACUUAUAAAAACAAUACCCAUGCAAGGCGAUAUUAGCUACCAUGCUGCCUGUCUUUCAGGUGGGUAGCAAAAAUAUCAACGCAAAAAGUAAGAAACUGACGUUUUUCCUUUUCAAUCUACUGGAAACUUUUUCUUCCGCUCGGCGAUUUACUUAGAAUCAUCCAAGAUUCGACCUUUACCAUUUCAAGGCUCCUAACAAAUCCAUCCACCCUGGUUGACAUUAAUUUUUUCGAUUAUUUCGUUCUAGAUAUUCGUAUCUUUUUAAGCGGCUUGAAGAAAAGUCCAGGGCUUAUUGGCUGUGGAUCUUAAGUUACCUUACCCGCUUCACUAGAACGCAGCCCCGAGCAGCAAGUUUCGUCGCUCACUUUCGUCCAGAUAUUCCAAACAUUUUGUCCCUUAUUUGUUGCUCUGCUCACCUUAAACAAGAGGUAACACAAGAUCUUGAAAAAAGAGACGUAAAGUUUGCUGAUGGCAUUUCGAUGAAAGAUAUGAUGCCUGGAAAGGACGGCGACAAAGCAUUUGUGUUUUUGUCAGGAAGAAUACGCCCAUUUAAUGAGGAGGACGUAAAUAACAUUCAUCUCAGGUAAGCUCAUUUAUUAUUUAUUGAAAAUAUUUCCCCGUUUCUGCUUGGCUCAAAUCCCACGGCUAAUUCUUGACAACCAGCUAGCGUUGACCAAAUUUGGAAGAUGUUUACGAUAUCCAGAAAAUGACGUCAAUAGUUCAGCGUAGUGAUGAGAGUUUGAGUCGUUUUGGAAGAAGCAGUACAAAAUGGCGGAACUUUCAUCACUGUGGGUACUUUUAAAGAACAGACCGAUCUGAACAGUCAUCAUUUAUAGUUGAAUUCUCUCCGGUGACUGGACAGUUCUGGUUUCAAGGUUACAAAGUUACGCGGCACUAGUAUCAUGCAUGUUUCUCUCUUACAUUUAAACAGGUUAUUAGAAAGCGAUAUUCCGUUUAAUACUGAAUUGCGAGUUCGUUUCGUUGAUGGCGAAGACCUAGCACAAGUGGAAUUUCGAAACACCUUCAAACACAUUGACAGAACGCGUUUGUUGUGUAAAUUUCACUUAAAGUUGCCCUCCCGCAAAAUGCCCAGCGCGGUAAGUAUAACUUAUCACUUUAAGCUUGAGCAUUUCAACUGUUCAAAUCUCUUACCAGUUGAAAAACUC